AUGUUGCGGCUUACCCUCAUAGAAUGCGCAGAGCCGAGCAAUUAUCAAAACUACCAGCAACAGGGCCACGACGAUUCAGACAUUGAAGGGCCUUCACCAUGGAUCGAAUGGUUUUUAUCCCAGCCGGAGCAUCGAUACUUUAUUGAAAUAGAAGAAGAGUACAUCAUGGAUCGCUUUAACUUGACUGGACUGCCUGCAUCUGUCCAGCACUUUCAACGUGCGUUGGACAGGAUCACCUUGGAUUCUGAAGAAGUUGCAUCCAUUUUCGAUUCUUCAUCCUGUUCGGGCUCCACCUCAAUCAGCAAUGACGAAUCGUCAGAUUCACUAAGCAUUGAAUCGUCUGGACGUAGUACAUCAUUGAUAACCAUGAAUACAUCCUCCCGGUCCUGUGGCUCCGAAGAGGGCGAGGCCAAUGCAUCGAAAAAACGGAUUCAAGGCUCGCACGAGGAAUACCGCCUAAAAAAGCAGAUCCAUGCGUCUUCUCUGCAUUUGUAUGGGCUAAUUCAUGCCAGGUAUUUGACGACGUCAGCUGGAAUGGCCAGAAUGUAUGCCAAGUGGAAGGAUCGCGCGUUCGGCUGCUGCCCACGGGUAUUUUGCCGCGGAUUUGCCCUGCUUCCGGUUGGCUUGUCCGACCUCCCUGAAAAAUCGUAUGUUGUCCUAUAUUGUGGGAGCUGCGACGAUAUUUAUCGACCGAAAAGCACGCAAUUCCACCGUAAGCGCAUACCCAUGUGUGGUAACUAUUUUAGAUAUUGA